AUGGCACUGUUUACUAGAAGCCAAUUUGUGCAAUUCGGGACGCUUUUAUCGUUAUGUAUCCAUUUAGUGCGCGCUGUUCAAUAUGGCGAAAACCACGCUCCAGUCGAAAAGGACGAGGAGCUUGUGGCGGCCAACUUCCCGGAUACCAAUGAAACGCUGCUCUCGCCGGCGUUUGUGAGCCCGGAGACGGUGCUCCCUGGCUUUGCCAAUGGCACUGAUGGCCCGACUGAUGAUGCUACGCUUGACUCCUUCCUCCGUUCCAUCGCGGAGCGAAACGACUGGGCACAAUACAAAACUGCGGACUUCACCUCGGAAGAGGGCCGCGCGUUCCCCUACGUGCUCCUAUCAUCCCCUUCUUCUCCUUCCACUCCUUCCGCUACUCCGCAAGAAGGGGUACUGACACAGAAGCCCAAACUGCGCGUCUGGAUCCAAGGCGGCGUCCACGGCAACGAGCCGGCCGGCGACCAGGCCGUCCUCGCGCUGCUGGGCAAGCUCGACGCCGACCAGGCCUACACGGCGCACCUGCUGUCGCGCCUCGACGUCGCGCUGCUCCCGCGCUACAACCCCGACGGCGUCGCGUACUUCCAGCGCGCGCUCGCGAGCAACCUCGACCCGAACCGCGAGCACACGAAGCUCGCGCGCGCGAUGUCGCGGGGCCACAAGCGGCUGCUGAGUUCCUUUGCGCCGCACGUGACGGUCGACGUGCACGAGUUCACGGGGACGAGGCCGGUUGGGCCGGGGGGAGGGUACAAGCACGGCAUGGAUGCGCUGGUCGCGGCGGGGAAGAAUCUAAACACGCACGAGGACAUUCGGAAUAUCUCCGAGGCGCUGUUUGCGGCGGGUGUUGGGGAGAGGUUGGGGGAGAGGGGGUUUCGGUGGGAGCCGUACUUCACGGGCGCGGGGGAAGUGGAUGAGGGGGGAGGGGAGAUGAUGGUGUUGCGGGAGGCGGGGAGUGAUGCGAAGGCGGGGAGGAACAGCUAUGCGUUGGCGCAGUCGGUGACGAUUCUUUGUGAGGUGAGGGGGAUAAGGUUGGCGGAUCAGCAUUGGAGGAGGAGGGUGGCGACGGCGGUGACGAUGGUGGGGGCGGUGCUGGAUAUUGCGAGGGAGAAUGUGGAGGAGGUUUAUGAGACGGUCGAAACCGCCAUCCAAAAAUUCAUCACCAGCACCUCCCCCAUCGUGCUAACCGACUAUCCCAACCCCACCACCCGCAACAUCACCUUCAUCAACCGCACCUCCGGCGCCCUCGCCUCCGUCCCCGUCACCUUCCUCAGCACCACCCCCACCACCGCAAACCUCACCCGCGCCCGCCCGGCCGCGUACCUCAUCCCCCCCGCGUGGUCUCCGCUCGCGGAACGCUUACGCGACGCCGGGGUCGUGGUCGAGACGCUGGGGGAGGGGGGGUACAGGGGCCCGGUGGAGAAGCUGCGCAUAACGGGGGCGGAAGUGGCGGGGGCGUACUACGAGGGUGCGGUGCAGGUCACGGUGACGACGGAGGCAGAAGGGGGCGAGGUGGUGCUGCCGCCCGGUAGCUUCCGGGUCGAUGCGGCGCAGAAGAACGCGGCGCUGGCGUUUGUGGCGCUGGAGCCGGAGAAUGUGGAUUCGUUUGUUAGGUUCAAUUUGAUCCCCGUGCAGGUGGGGGAUGUUUAUCCGGUUUAUAGGGUUCUGAGAACGUGA